AUGACGGCCCUUGCGGUGACCCAGGCCCUAGGGGCCAGCCAGGCUGUUGUGGGGAUGACGGCCCUUGCGGUGACCCAGGCCCUAGGGGCCAGCCAGGCUGUUGUGGGGAUGAAGGCCCUUGCGGUGACCCAGGCCCUAGGGGCCAGGGACGACCCAGGCCCUAGGGGCAAUCCAGGCUGUUGCGGGGAAGACGGCCCUUGCGGUGAGCCGGGCCCUAGGGGCGAGCCAGGCUGUUGUGGGGAUGAAGGUUCUCCAGGCUGUUGGGGCCCUUGUUGUGACCCAGGCCCUAGGGGCAAUGAAGGUUCUUGGGGCGAGCCAGGCUGUUGCGGGUAUGAAGGCCCUUGUGGCAAGCCGGGCCCUAGGGGCCAGCCAGGCUGUUGGGGCCCUUGGGGUGAGCCGGGCCCUAGGGGUGAGCCAGGCUGUUGGGGGGAUGAAGGCCCUUGCGGCGAGCUGGGCCCUUGCGGUGACCCAGGCUGUUGGGGGGAUGAAGGUUCUUGGGACGACCCAGGCCCUAGGGGCAAUCCAGGCUGUUGCGGGGAUGAAGGUUCUUGGGACGAC